UGGCUUUAAGAGGCCAGGGAAUAGCGUGCAUCGCCUCUCUUACGUUGCAACACAUGAGGUGUGGCGUAGACUACAGACUACAAUAAAAGUGCCUCGAAACUUCCUGGUUGAAUAUGUGCAAUAAUACACAGCACCAUGUCUGCCGCUGAAUGGAAGAAGAAAUGUGAGGCUGAGUGGAGUCUACAGGGCGCACCGAUGCCCGACAGCCUGGACUGGAAGUCCGUGUAUGAAGCCAAGCCGCUGGGGAGAAACCUCCUGAAGAACCCUUCUCCUCACGGCUUGAGUAAAGACACUCCUCCACCUGAACCUGACCUGCCCGAAGUGCCCACACGUGGACCUCCACGUUUUGAACCUGAUGGUGACUUCUCCGGCUGGAUCACGAGCACGGAAGUCCUUCCCUAUGACACCAGUGGCAUCCCAGAAGGUGUUGUGGUCUGUCAUUUGCCUCAGUACAGCUGGUUUUCCAUGGAGCAGUUUGUGGACCUAAAGAAAGAGGGACUGUGGGAAGAGCUGCUGGAUGAUUUUCAGCCUGAAAUAGUCAUCCAAGACUGGUAUGAGGAGAGUCAGCUGCACAACUCCAUCUACCAGCUGCAUGUAAAGUUACUGGGUGCAGACAAAACCACGGUGAUCUCAGAGCACACUGUCAACCCCACUGAGGAACUCAGCACUUACUCACACACAUGGAAGGAAGUGUCACAUGUGUUCUCUGGCUAUGGACCUGGGGUGCGGUAUGUUCACUUCCUGCACAGACUGAAGAAUCAGUUCAUGAUGGAGUUCUACCCCACGCUGUUCACUGGCAGCUCAGUGAUUGUCAGACCAACCAAAACCAGCUCCUAGGCUGAAUCCUGCUGCAAAGUUGUCGCUAACACGCUCAGUCUAACCAACCUGAUCAACACAUAUUUGCUUUGUGACGGCCUUCUGGCUCGCCAUGGCCCUUAGGUUUGUGUCUUGCCUUGGGCUGCUGUGCUUGUUUCUCCCUUUACGUGCAGGUAGGCGGAGAUUCAAUUAAUGCAACUGGGUGCACUUGGCCAGUCCAUCCAGAAGGCACUUAGGAUCAGCCAUUCCAUUCCUUACUCUCUGACUUCAUCGCUGGCUCUCCCCCUGGCACCACAUGUUUCUUUUGUUUGGUUUUUGUUGCAUUUCUCUUUGGUUUACACCCUACAACAUUACACAUUCACACAUUCACACACCAACACUACUGAUCUACCUAUUGACCACUUUACACAUUUGAUUACUACUUUGUUGUAAUUUCUUUAAAAAUAAAUAUAAUUGAUAAAUAUGAUUUUUUGCAUACAACCGUUUGUAUUCUCCUGUUUUUGUCACAGCCUAAGAGCCGGCUCGUAGCGGCUUUUAGACUGAUUAUUAGACUGGUUAUGAAGUGUGCAAUAAUUAUUUUUGUAUCUAAUUGUUAAUGCUGAUUGAUGAGGUUAUUUUUUUUAGAAUGCUUUUGAGUUAUCUUUAAAAUGAAGAGGAAAUUGUAUUUUGGUUUGUUGUGUUUUGGGAGCUGUGCAUUAAUUUGGUGAAAUAAUAAAACAUUACAUUUUC